AUUCUCGUGCCUUAGCCUCCCGAGUAGCUGGGAUAACAGGCACCCACCAUCACACCUGCCUAAUGUGUUUAUUUUUUUAAAAAAAGAAACUGUAUCUUUAGAGAAAAUGUAUACAUGCAUACUUUGCUACAUUUUUGUUGAUUGUUACAUUUUACAUUUGUAUAACAAUACAGGCAAGUCAUCUUUGCACUCAUAACCACAUCUUUUAUGCAACAUCAAGCCUACUCUGAGGUACAGGCUUUCAGAAGCCUGAAUUUGGAGGACCAUGCCUGAACCAAAUGGAGUCUCCAGAAUCAAAACUGCUCAAAAUAAUCAUUCAUGGUUCUCAGACCAAAUAAGAUCUACUUAGAAACAUUUCUCGACAGCACGCUGCCACGCCGACACAGACCCCGCUCUGCACGCCAGCCCCCCUGCACCCACCAUGGCCACAGUUCAGCAGCUGGAAGGAAGGUGGCGCCUGGUGGACAGCGAAGGCUUUGAUGAAUACAUGAAGGAGCUAGGAGUGGGAAUAGCUUUGCGAGAAAUGGGCGCAAUGGCCAAGCCAGAUUGUAUCAUCACUUGUGAUGGCAAAAACCUCACCAUAAAAACUGAGAGCACUUUGAAAACAACACAGUUUUCUGGUACCCUGGGAGAGAAGUUUGAAGAAACCACAGGUGAUGGCAGAAAAACUCAGACUGUUUGCAACUUUACAGAUGGUGCAUUGGUUCAGCAUCAGGAGUGGGAUGGGAAGGAAAGCACAGUAACAAGAAAACUGAAAGAUGGGAAAUUAGUGGUGGAGCGUGUCAUGAACCAUGUCGCCUGUACUCGGAUCUAUGAAAAAGCACAAUAAAGAUUCCAUCAUCACUUUGGACAGGAGUUAACUAAGAGAAUGACCAAGCUCAGUUCAAUGAGCAAAUCUCCAUACUGUUUCUUUCUUUUUUUUUUCAUUACUGUGUUCAAUUAUCUUUAUCACAAACAUUUUACAUGCAGCUAUUUCAAAGUGUGUUGGAUUCAUUAGGAUCAUCCCUUUGGUUAAUAAAUAAA